GCGCUCCCGUUUACUAAACCAAGACUCAAUGAGUUCUACGAAGCCAGCGUGCAUAAGGAGCUGCGAUUACCCAUCGUAAGACGGCUCCCCGAUGCGUACAGAAACCACUUCAUCGCCAUGUGUGGCGAAUACGUCGGAACAGUGCUCUUCCUCUACUUCGCCUUAGCAGGCACACAAGUCGCCAACAACAUCCCGUCAUCCUCCGGUCUAACAGUGGCUCAAACCGGCUCGAAUCCGCAACAGCUGCAAUAUAUCGCCUUAUCCUUUGGUUUCUCUCUCGCCGUCAACGCCUGGGUCUUUUUCCGCAUAUCCGGAGGCCUUUUCAACCCUGCUGUCACGUUCGGUAUGUGCCUCAUCGGCGCGCUUCCCUGGUUCCGUGGCAUCCUUUUGUUCGGCGUCCAAAUCAUCGGAGGCAUUACCGCUGCGGCACUCGUCUCGUGCAUGUUUCCUGGCCCUCUCAAGGUCCAGACUUCGCUGGGCGGCAGCACGACCAUCGCGCAGGGCCUCUUCAUUGAGAUGUUUCUGACUGCCGAACUCGUCUUUACCAUCUUCAUGCUUGCGGCCGAGAAGCACAAGGGCACGUUCAUCGCACCCGUUGGUAUCGGGCUGUCGCUUUUCGUCGCCGAACUCACAGGCGUCUACUUCACAGGCGGUUCGCUCAACCCAGCGCGCAGCUUCGGCCCCGCCGUCAUCAACGGCUCUUUCGACGGCUACCACUGGAUAUACUGGCUGGGGCCGAUUCUGGGCUCCAUCGUCGCGGCCGGCUUCUACAAGUUCAUCAAGAUGCUCGAGUACGAGACGGCGAACCCGGACCAGGACGCCAUGCAAGCGGAGAUGCGGGCGCAGGCCAAGGUGCUCGAGGCGCACCAGGCGCGGCUGCAGCAGCUGCGCAGCAGGAGCGGCAGCGCCAGCAGCGGCGGGAGCAGCCUCGAUGGCGGCACCGUCGUCGCUAGUAACACCAACGAGCACAGCAGCAGCGCCGCCGCCGCCGUUGCUGCUCACGCUGCUGCUCCCGCUCAUGGCACCGCCGACACGAGCUCUCUCGGUGUCCCGCCCACGCCCGUCAAUUCAAACGCCUCGGGCAAUGGGGGCGGCGUGCAGAUGCUGAGCGUGCUAGGCGGUGGGCUGGGCGCUGCCGGGCGUCGGCCCUUUACUGAGCGCGAGGGCAGCGGUAACAAUUCGCGGGUUCUGCGUGACAGCCCUGCCAUGGCGUAA